AUGGCUAACCUCAAAAGAAAAGAAUUCAAUCCGGUCGAUUAUGGAUUACAACCGUUAUUUCGUUGCAAGGUUCCUCAGUCGAUUUUAAAUAAUUUACUUGAGGAAUUUCAAAAAAAUGAUGGCGAUAAAGAUGAUACGGGUUGUAACAGUUCAUCAAAAAUUGGAAUAGGAUUAGAUUCAGCAGUUAUUCCAAUUAAAGAUACUAAAUUUUUUUUACUUCAAACAUGUGAUUACUUUUAUCCAAUUGUUGAUGAUCCCUUCAUGAUGGGCAGAAUUACUUGUGCAAAUGUUGUAAGUGAUUUAUUUGCAAUGGGAGUAGUAAAAAUUGAUUCACUGCAAAUACUACUUAAAAAUUCCACAGAAAUGAAUAAAGAUGAAAUAAAUGUUAUAACACCUUUAAUCAUUAAUGGUUUUAAAUUUGCCGCUUCUGAAAUCGGUUGCAAAGUUCAUAUCAGUACAGUUAUUGAAAACCCUUGGUGCACUAUUGGUGGUGUUGCGACAUCAGUGUGCUUAUCAAAUGAAUUUAUCAUGCCUACAAAUGCUCAAGUUGGAGAUGUGAUAAUUUUAACUAAGGCAUUGGGAACACAAAUAGCUUGCAGUGUUCAUCAUUGGAUUGAUGUUCCAGAUAAGUGGUCAAAAAUAAAAGACAUAAUCAAGAAGGAAGAAUUAGACAAGUUAUUGCAACAGGCAAUAAAUUCAAUGUCUCGAUUAAAUAUGGUUGCUGCUAAUUUGAUGCACAAAUAUGAUGCUCAUUCUUGUACAGAUGUCACAGGUUUUGGUAUUUUGGGUCAUGCGCAAAAUUUAGUCAAAUUUCAAACAAACAAGAAUUUAAAAUUUAUCAUAGAUAAGUUACCUGUAUUUCAAAAUGCAAACAUUAUAGCAAAGGCAUGCAAUAUGUCAAAAUUAGAAAAAGGAAUAUCUCCAGAAACAUCAGGAGGGUUGUUAAUUACAAUGAAUGAAGAAAAUGCAAAAUUAUUUUGCAAAGAAAUUGAAACUAUUGAAAAAGAAAAAGCUUGGAUAGUAGGUCGUGUUGUCGAAGGAAGUGGUACUGCUGAAUUAUCUACUGCUCCUGAAAUUAUACAAGCAAUUAUUAACAGUUAA